AUGUCGCAUGGCCUGGUUUCAACAUCGAUACAGCACGCCGCUGCAGCAAACAAUAUCGUUCUGAAUCCGAUAAUGACCCUGAAAGGGCAUGACAAGUAUAUUCGGUCGAUAUCCUACUUUCCGGAUGGCCGGCGAAUGAUCAGCGGUUCUUGGGACAAGACUACUCGGCAAUGGGAACUACAGGAAGGUAAGGAGAUUGAGGAAGCGCACAACGUUUGUGAACGGGGAAUUUGGGCGGUGGCGGUAUCCAGGGAUGGACGAUGGGUUAUCACAGGAGGCGGAGGUCUCGGUCAUGGGGAGCUCAAAGUCGUUGAGGUUGAGACAGGAAUUGUAAAAAAAUUCGAAGGUCACUCACGAGGGAUCAGCUGCAUAGAUAUCUCCCCAGACAGCAGGCUCCUGGCGAGCGGAUCAUGGGAUCGCACCACGCGAAUAUGGAGCUUGGGCACUGGUGAACUCGUGGCUGGUCCAUUCGAGAGUAUUGAUUGGGUGGGCGCGGUUCGUUUUUCGGCAGACUCAAAGAAGCUUGCAGUGAAGUCAGAGGCAGGGAAGUGCCUUGAGGUGUGGGAUCUCCGCACAGAGACUUUGGACGUUAGAGUUGGGGAAUUUGGUGAAAUACCCUUCACAUCUGCGCCAGUGUUUUGGACAAACAGAAACAAAACUAUCAUGGCCGCAUUCACCUUCACGUUCGAUGAUGCGACAACGAUCUAUGAGUUCGACGCGUUGACACUGGAGACUGUCGGAGCCCCCUUUGAAGGGCAUACCAAGAUUGUCUGUGGUCUAGCACUUUCAUUUGAUAAUACUCUCCUCGCCAGUGCUGCGGACGAUAACACAAUCAAGCUUUGGACCUUCGAGUCCCGCCAGCUCCUUGCAUCCUUCAAUGCUCGGACUCCCGAAACCCUUAUCCUUUCACCCGACUCCAGUCAACUGGCUUACACAACAGGUCGCAAGAUCUGUAUAUGUAACAUUCCACUCAACAUCCUAGCCAGUAUCGGACGUGCACUUGAAGCACGGGGAGGUCACGAUGGCAGCGCAGACAAAAAUUCAAGGCUCAAUCGCCUGCUGAAUUCUCACGCAACCCGUCGUCCUCCUGCAUUUGGCCGUCACCGAGCGACAUCGCCAGUUAUAUUGUUCGCCAACAGGCCGCACAGACCUCCGCCUGAAAUACACCCGGAGCAGCCCGUUUUACUACAUCACCUCCGCAAUUUUUUUCGCUUCUCUUCUCGUGCAAUCGCCGUUCCUCCUAUCUGGAAAGAUCAGGCUCAUGAUCCACUAGAUUUCUCCGCCAUACCCUCCAACCGUGUUCUCUUGGGACAGGCCAAAACUCACUUUGAUGAUGUCGAAGCUAUUUCUAUGCCCUACCACUCUGCAUAUGGCGGCUCACAGCACGCACAGCAAGCACAUCCUAAGGAGGAAAUUUUGCACCUCUCGAACAGAGCUAUGCAGUUCCUGCAGCAGCACUUAUCCUUCUGUAAGACAACGAUCGUCCACGAGCCACCGGUCGUUGAUGUCGCAGCUGGACGCAAGUUCACGCGGCUUGCUGCUGCCAAUUUACCUCAAUAUAAGAAAGUUGACGACACCCGACAUUCAUCCAAACAGCAGCCUGAGGUGCUGCACGACACCGAGUCCGGUGACAUUGAUUCACUCCCAGACGUGCAUUGGUGCAAGGCAUUCUUCUGCUACUAUUCGUGCUGGUCUCAUGGCAGACUGAGGAUCCCUCCGCGAUGGCACUUGGAGAAUGUGGACCCACCUCAACAGCAUGGCAUGACGAGAACCGUUCGUGGUGGGGCUCGCUGUCACAACUAG